ACGUUCUUGUGUAGUCACGAGUUGAAUGAUUGUGGAGGCGUCGUCAUCCUUCGCGCUGUGGGCCGGUUGUCAUGGUAACCCGGGAUCCCGCGCGCGCCGCCGCUGUGGGAACUGCAGUGAGUCACCGCGACGCACGCAAGCGCGAACGCGCGCUGCCGGGCUCGCCGAGCAAUCGCCGAACGAGAUGACGUGACGGAGGAAAGAAGCGAGGGAUCGAUCACGUCGGCAUCCAACAGUGAUUGAUUGACAGCUGUCAACAAGUCGACCGUGCACGCACAUCAGGAUGCUCAUGCACGAGUGCAUCGCCAUGACGACUGACGGCGAUGUCUCGCAGAUGGCCGAGCGUCUCCACCUUGGAUGCCGUCACCGGGAAGUGACAUCGCGCGCCUUCUGCCUCAGACAGCCGACAGGAUGACCCGGCGGGGUGAGAAGACGGAGCCGAGCCGGGAGCCGCAAGGCCAGAUGACGAGGUGGACCGAGUCGCCGGCGUUGACGCUGGACGAGCUGGAGUGUAAAAUCUGCUACAAUCGCUACGACGCUCGCAGCCGCAAGCCCAAAGUUCUGGCGUGUCUGCACCGCGUGUGCGCCAAGUGUCUGAAGAGGAUGCUGGACGCGGGCGAGUCGUCGCCAUCCGUCCUCAUUUGUCCCUUUUGCCGUCACCAGACUCGCCUCCCACAACAAGAGGUCUGGCUGAUGGAUGACGACCGCCAAAUCCUGGCAGUCCUGUCAUGUGGCGAGCGGGCUCGGCGUGGAGGAGGCGUCCCGCGCAGAGAAGUUGUGCUUAACCCCGACUCGCUGAGAGGCGCGGACCGCACGCCGCGCUCUUCGGACUGCCUGGUGAUCACCAUCAUGGAGCUGCCGGCUGACUCGCCAUCUUCGGACGAGUUGAGGACGCUCAAUGCGGCGGAGGCGGUGGCUUUAUACCGACGGCAUUCCAGCCAGGACUCAUUGGCCUGCGACCUUCCCACCCGCAAGUGCGGCUCCUGGACGUCUCGCCGUUUGCCCCGCUGCCUGCUGGGGGCGCUGUGUAUGGUGUACUUCAGCUCGCUUCCAGUUGGCAUCUACCUACUGAUGAUGGCUCACAUGUGGCCGGGCGUGCUGCUGGUCAGCCUGGUCCCGUCCACGCUGCUUCUGCUGGUCCUCUACGGCUUCUGCCAGUGCUUGUGCCACGAGCUACUGCAGGCGCUCGCCACCCGUCGCCGCGACAACGCCACCAUCGCCAUCACGUCCGCGGAAGACGACUAGCACUCGCUGUGACCGUCGAGCACCUCGGGCGCCGCCAGGGCCACUCAAAAUCUUGACAUUUGUUAGCUGUAACGUAGACAUGACGUGCGGUCGGAAUACUCAUUGGCGGCCAGGAAUUCAAUGAGGAAUUAGCAGUUUUAAAAGAUUUGAAUGAAGCCACACUUCACCUCGUCUGUCACGUCUUUUGUCUCUGCUAGGUUGUUCUUCCUCAGGUGCACUGGUUUCUUUAAAAAAAAAAUAUAUAUAUAUUGAGUGUAAUCUGCCUGGAAAUUACAAAUUGAUAAUAUGAGGAUGAUUCCUGGAAAACUGUCGGCAAAUGGAGCACUCUCAUCCAGACAAUGUGAAAGUAACAUGCUAUACUUUGGUUAUGUAAGGCGUGGGGGCAAUUUUUGGACAACAGGAAGCAGACUGUCAGGUGGUGUUCUUUUUUUUUUUUUUUUACUUGGUCUGAAAGCUAUCCAUCACUCAUGCCUCACCUAAACAACUUUGUCCACACGCGUCACACCACAUGGCGGAUGUGCUGCUAGCCUAGCUUAGCACAGAGAUGGCAGGCGGCAAGUUAGCUAGCUCCUUGAGUGGUGUCCUUAGUUGAAACUCUAGUAGACUAGAAACUCAAGGUGUCCUUGAGUUUCUAGAAAGGCGCCCACAAAUAAAAUGUAUUAUUAUUAUUAUUAUUAUUAUUAUAGCUUUCAACCAAAAAAGCUAGCGACCAGGCCUGACCCGAAUAGGCAAAAGCCACACAUUUACUCUCACUAUAUAUCAUUUCUGGAGGGGGAAUGUCAGCAAAAAACAAAAACCGAGGGAUAGGUUCUCCCAAAAAGGCAGAAUAAUCGAUUCUUAUUAUAAAUGACAAGA